AUGCCCGCCACCCCUCAGAACUAUGCAUCGAGCUUCUCUACGACACAGUCGACGUCACCCGCCCAGAGCGCACCUCAGUCGGCCCCAGACUCUUCCUCGCCUCUAUCUUCUCUCGCGAUGCCCAUGCUGCCCGGCCAGCACUCUUCUGUAACGGCCACUAACGCCCUCCCGACGCCUGCCAGCAGCGUGAGCGGUGCUGCAAAGGAUUCUCAUGACCUAUCAGACAAAGCGGCUAGCGUCGUGAUGGAUACAAGCAGCGCCCCAGCUUCUACAAGUGCUGGCUACCGUGCCUCCACAAGUCAGCCAGAUCGACAGGAGCUGCAAGAGAAGGACCGAGCAUUGCAACCCGUUGAAGAUCCGAUGGAUAUUGACCGCAAAGAUGGCGCGUCCGAGGACCCAGCAGUCGCUGCGCUUCAAAUGGAUAUCGGACAAGCGUUCCAUACUUGUAAAACCACCUACUCAAUAUCUGGGCCCAGCCCUCGCUUCGACCUUAUUUCUAUGUACGGAUUAGGUUCCGUGGCAGCCUCGGUUGCCCGAACGGAUCCGGUUACUGGCGAGAAGAUAAAUAGGCUACGGAAGUCCUACGAGGGAAAAAUCAAGGGUCUUGGACUUUCUGGAAGAAACAAACCGGUGAAACAUGAACCCGGCGCGCCAGGAGGACUGAGACAGUUAACGAUGUGGCCGGAAGAUGAAUGGCUAAAUCAAAAGGUUGUUGGAAAAGAUAUCAAGCUUGCAGAGCCGGAUUCAAGCCUCUUUAAGCUGCACAUGAGGGCGAUGAAGAUGGAGCCGGGGCCAAUACCCAAUAACGAGUAUUGGGAAGAUGUGCUUGGCCAUGAAAAGUUACCUAAACAAGUCGCGCCUUCGGUCCACAAGGCAAACGAUACUCUUCCUUCAACUUCUCGGUACCCUGCACAAACCAACGGCACAUCCAUCUCAACCCCCGGUCCUGUUACUGGCAAUCCUGAUCGACCGAAACGUACAGGCAAGAAGAGGAGUUACAACGACAGCAGUUUUGUUGGUUAUGGGGAGGGAUUUCCCGAUGAUGAUGGUGAUUUGGAAGGAAGCUUCUAUUCCAACAGCGAAGAAGGCGGUAGAAGUUCUGUCAAAAAGAAACGAAAAAAGGAUCAUGUUUCAGGAGUUCCAUCAUCUUUAACGGAACGAAAAGGUAGCUAUGGUGUUGGGAUGUUUGGUGUUGGCGCACGAUGA